AUGAAAUCUGGGAUUGUUAGUACGAAGUAACUGGACCAGGAUAUUAGGGACCUGAGAUAACUGCAUGCUUAUAUAAAAAAAAACUAUUUAAAUUAAAAGCUGUACUUUAUGGAAAAUAGGAUUUUGAAUUUACUAGAAAGCCUUAAAUUCUUUAUUUUGAAAAGGAUGAUAGAAUAUUUACAGUUUGUAACUUUCAUUUAAAAGAUGGCUCAAGUGGAAAAUCAUCCUUAGAAAAAUUAGAAAAAGAGAUUUCAAGCCUUAGACCUUUUUCUGAGUCUUUACAGAAAGAUAAAUAGGAUGGAGAUCCUUUUCUGA